AUGCAAGAGCGUCGACGAUGGGUAGCUUCCUUCCAAGACAUCGACCUACGACGCAACGACUACCAGAUCACCUUCUCGCGCUCCUCCGGUCCCGGCGGGCAGAAUGUCAACAAGCUCAGCACCAAAGCCAACCUGCGACUCGAGCUGUCCCAAGCCGGAAGCCAUGCGCACGACUCGCUCGACGCCUCCCAUCCGCGCAAGUGGCUCACCAGAGACCUCGUCAGCCGCAUCGCCAAAAAGUCGCCCUACUACGUUGCCUCGGACCACUCGCUGCUCAUCACCAGCAUGCGCCAUCGAACGCAGGAGGCAAAUGUGCAAGAUGCGCUCGAAAAGCUUCAUGCUCAUCUACUCGAGCUGGCGCAGGGCGGCCUGGUGGGCGAAACGAGCCAACAGCAGCGUGAGCGUGUGAGGCGGUUGCAGGACGCAGAGGCUCGCAGAAAGAAGCAGAGCAAGAUCAAGAGGGCAGACGUCAAGAGCGGGCGCAAGUUCAAAGGCUGA